CGAGAAGCAUUCACAGAUUUAUUACAAAAAAGAAAACAUUUAAAUGGAUAUUGGGUUGGUAAACGAGCAAAUAUGGAUGAAGAUAUAUACGAUACUGAUGUUGAAACUGUGCAUCCUGUUGAACUACUUGAUGAUGAUCAUUUCGCAGCUAAACGCGCAUCUUACUUAAUUGGAAAACGUGGAACUUAUUUAGUAGGACGAGACACAGAUAAACGUGCUUCUUAUCUGAUUGGUCGUAAACGGCGUGCACUACCAGCAGAUCGUUUGAUCAAUGAUCCAACGUAUUAA